CCCCGACACACACAUGCACGCUCACACUCACACAGCCCCGACAGAAAUACAUGUUGACAACAUGCUAUCUCCUCCGCCUCCCUUCAAAAAUGUGAGAAAGUUUUUUUCGGCCAGCAGCAGCCACUGUAAGUACUAUAAAAAGACGCCAAUGUUGUGGAGGUGGGAAACACACCACUAACUUUGCUACUGAAUGUCCGACCUGCAUCAGAGUUAGCAUAACAUUAAACUGUGUGAACUUGCAAACCUGCAAAACUCGAGUAUACACAAGUGGUUUCACAAAACUGCUUUAAGUAACUAUUACGUUAUGGAGUUAAAUGAAAGUGCCUCAAUGAUUUAGGUAAGACAAUAAACUACUUGAACAAGUUAAGCAAUUCCUAUUCAAACCUUUUACAUGCAAAAUGGGUAACCACACUCAAAAAAAUGAAACAUAGUAUUUACGAUAAGAGGAUGACUCACGAAGGAGUCAUUUCAUCACCCAUGGAGGAGUCCUGGAAACCUCCCUGGAGUUCUAGACAUGUCCCACCGACGGGAGGCCCCUGGGACGACCCAGGACAUGCUGGAGAGACUGUCUCUCAGCUGGCUUGGGAACGCCUUGGGACCCCGCUGGAGGAGCUGGUUGAAGUGGCUGGGGAUAGGAACGUCUGGACUUCCCUGUUAAAGCUGCUGCCCCCGCAACCCGACCCCAGAGCAAGCGGAAGAUGAUGGAUGGAUGGAUGGAUGGAUAGUGUAGCCCAAAAUAGCAGACUGGCAAAGGACUAUGGCCCCGUGUACAGCUUGAGGCAAGGCAGCGACAGGGUUGUGUUCGUUUCGGGGUACCGCAUGGUGAAAGAGGCCCUCGUCAACCAACUGGACAGCUUCGUGGACCGGCCCAAAAUGCCGCUCUUUGAUGACAUUUUUCAGGGCGCCGGGGUGCUGAUGAGUAGUGGUUACCCAUGGAAAAAGCACAGAAAGUUUAUGGUAAGCCACCUGCGCUACUUUGGAGAAGGCCAGCGUUCUUUGGAGAACUACAUCCGAGUAGAAUGCGGCUACCUGUGUGAGGCUUUCAAAGAAGAGCAAGGUAAGCCGUUCAACCCUCAAUUCACCCUAACAAACGCAGUCAGCAACGUCAUCGCCUCGGUGCUGUUUGGACACCGUUUUGAGUACAAUGACGGAAACUUCCGAAAGUUUCUUGAGUUGGACAAUGAAGCCAUCAUGCUCAUCGGCACUACAAUUGCACAGCUCUACAACGUCUUCCCCUCACUCUUGAAGCAUCUGCCGGGUCCGCACCAAACGGUACUUGGCAAUUACAAGGAGAUUGAGCUCUACCUGAUGGGAGAAGUGAAGAAGCACCAAGAGGAGUGGAACCCAGAGCAACCUAGAGACUUCAUUGACGUGUACCUUGCUGAGAUAGUCAAGCUUAAGGAAGAUCCCUUGGCCUGCUUCAACAUUGAAAAUCUGAAAGCAUCCAUUAUAGAUCUCUUGGAGGCCGGAACAGAAACGACGACCACUACCUUGCGCUGGGCUAUGGUGUACAUGAUGCACUAUCCAGAUAUCCAAAAGAAGGUCCAGGCGGAGAUCGAUAACGUGAUCGGACAAUCUCGCCCACCCGCCUUAGCCGACAGACCAGACAUGAACUACACCGAAGCCGUCAUCUACGAGACACAGAGGUUCGGCAAUAUCGUGCCUUUGGGAUUACCCAAAAUGGCCAGUAAGGAGGCCACACUUGGAGGAUACAUCAUACCAAAGGGUACAGCCAUAGUCACCGAUCUGGCAUCUGUGCUUUUGGACAAAAACGAGUGGGAGACCCCGGACACGUUCAACCCUCAACACUUCCUGGAUUCAGAAGGUCAUUUCCGUAGGAGAGACGCCUUUCUGCCUUUUUCCGCAGGCAAGCGGGCGUGUUUGGGUGAGCAACUGGCGCGCAUGGAACUCUUCCUGUUCUUCACGGCGCUCCUGCAACGCUUUACCUUCACUGCCGUACCCGGAGAGAUGCCCAGUAUGCAGGCAGCUCUGGGUUUCACGCAUUCACCCAAAGAGUUUCGCUUCCUCGCUGUACCUCGCUGAACUCACAAAGUUGUUUCCAAUUGGUCACUUCCUGUUGCUAUCCGGGCAUGCACCAGUCUUCCUAGCCUGGUGCAGGUCUUCAAUUUUGUCUCUGGUGUCCUGCGACAGCUCUUUGGUCUUGGCCAUAGUGGAGUUUGGAGUGUGACUGACUGAGAUUGUGGACUGUUAAAACAGGUGCAUUAAUACAGGUAACGAGUGGAGCCUCGUUAGAAGAAGUUAGACCUCUUUGACAGCCAGAAAUCUUGUUUGUAGGUGACCAAAUACUUAUUUUCCACUCUAAUUUGGAAAUAAAUUAUUUAAAAAUCAAACAAUGUGAUUUUCUUUUUUUCCUAUUGUGUCUCUCAUGGUUUAGGUUUACCCAUGUUGACAAUCACAGGCCUCGCUAAUCUUAUUAAGUAGGAGAACUUGCACAAUUGGUGGUUGACUAAAUACUUAUUUGCCCCACUG